AAGCAGGACUGAGUUGGCUCCAGCCUCCUCAGAUGCAGACUUUGCUAGCUGGAUGGCCAGACUGUCUGGGCUAACUUGAGCCCAAGGGCUCCCUCGGGCACUGGGUUCCUGCUCUAGGAGAUGCACCCUAUACUCCAAGGGAGUUGCAUGCCACAGGAGGAGGCCACAGGAGCACCAGCAAUGCCAGGAACAGGGAAUGGCCAGGUUAAGGUCAAAGCGAGGUUACUUCCAGGCACUGACAGGAAGAGAAGCCGCCUCGGCAGGACCAGGCAGGACCUAUGGGAAGAUUCCAGCUGGAGUAACCAGAGAUGGAGCAGAGCUGCCCCUACCUUCCGAGGAAACAAAGCUAGGGGACCAGCUCAUGGCAAGAGUGAGGCAAGCCCUGAGAACGCAGCACGGGAACGGAGCCGGGUGAGGACACUGCGCCAGGCCUUUUUGGCCCUACAGGCUGCUUUGCCCUCUGUGCCACCUGACACGAAGCUCUCCAAGUUGGAUGUGUUAGUGCUGGCCACCAGCUACAUAGCACACCUCACCCGAACGCUUGGCCAUGAGUUGCCCAGUCCCACCUGGCCACCCUUCCUGCGUGGACUCCGCUACUUGCACCCUCUCAAGAAGUGGCCCAUGCGAUCUCGUCUCUAUGCAGGAGGCUUGGGGUGCUCUGGCCUUGAGUCCACCACAGCCAUCGCUUCGGGCCAAAGAACCAGGGAUGCAGAGGUGGGGUCCCAAGUCUCUGGAGCGGCAGAUAUUCUCCUUCCCUCCAAGCCACUCUCUCCAGCUCUUGGUGACAAAUGACCAACACACUCAUCCUCUUCUCCUAGACUGUGACUCUCACUUAAGGACCUGGUUUUCUACCACCCCUCCCUGUCUUCCCUCUGACUCUCAGCCUUGGAUUUGACUCAGACUCAGCUUCCAAGUUCCAGCAGGCAAAAGCAGCAGUGGCCACUUCAGUGGUGGAGAGUUCCAAGGGCACCCAGGAUGGAGAGCCACACUCUUGGCAUCCAGGAAGGGACUUGCUGUGGUUCUUCUAUGGCAGCGACAGGGAAGUGGAAGAGGAAAGGGUUUGAAUUGGGUUCAAAGUCAAGUUAGGGCAUCACCCUUCCCUUUUCUCUCCUAAGGCUCCUAGAAACCCUCUGCACAUAUUGAAAAGACAGAAAUUACUCCACAGGUGCAGAGGAAGGGGCCAGAAUGGCAGCAGCCCUGAGUGCUGAUGGAACACUGGGGACCCUGAUAAGCUCUUGGUAGCAGUAAGUUUAAAUGGCACUGGGAUGAGGUCACAAAGCUAGAGGGGAAACUGAAGAAGGGAAUAUGAUUUUUCAGUUGUCCCAAAAGAUGCUCGUCCAUCAUCAAAGAGGUGGGGAGGAUUUUAGAGUCCUUGUCCCUGGAUUAUGGUCCCUCCAGCUGCCCCUCAUCGCCACAUUUUCUCCCUCCCUGGGCCCUGUCCCUUUCACCCUUUUCUUGGCAUGAGUUAUAUCUACAGGUUAAGCCAUAAAAUUUACAUCGCUUGCAUUCCAGUUCCCAGAGAAACUUAGAUAGCCCCAGCUGUCUAGUGUAAGAACAUCUUAUCCCUAGACAAUGCUACUUUAACUCAACUAGGCAACCACCUACAGGCCUGCCUACAAAGGAUACCGGUACUCAACUAUAUCCUUGAAGGGCCUGAGAAAAAGCAUGUAUACUUUUUCCAUGGGAUGAUAGUGACAGUCUUCUCUUUCCAACCUUAUUUCAAGGAAACAUAAGGCAAAGUGGGAUUCAGCAGGUUCCCAGCACCAUUAGUGCUUGGGGCUUCAUUGGCUCUGAUGUUACAGGUGCUGUUGUUCUAGAAAUUAUCUCCCAAGGCCAGCUUCUCCUCAUCCAUAUCAUCUUCUAAAGCUCUUCCUAAGUCCUGAAACAAGGUGCCAAAAAUAUGCUGGAGUUGCCCUUGGCCUUGAAGAAAUUUGAGGAUGAAGCACAGAGCUUCUACACAUUGGAAUGAACUUUUCCAGGUCAGAUGUAAUUUCAAAUUAGUCCUUGAAGUCUAGACAGGGAAGGAAUCACCUUCCUGUUAAAUUUCAGCAGCCAAGGCCAACUAGAGUCAUAAAGGGUGAUCAUGAUUAAAAAGGAGGGUUGACAGGCUGAGAGGGGCUGGGUCUGCUCCUCUAUAGGGCUGCCCACAGUAUCCAGGGAAAGGGGCCUGAGGGGGGUGACUCAGCAAGCUGGGGUAGAGAUAGAAGACACAGAACGUCCUAGCCCGAGCUGCAUGGGCUAUGGGAGAGCAGCUGGGCUGUGGCUGGGAGCCAUGGCAGAAGGCCUCAGCCAAGGCCAAACUCAUAAAUCUGCCUAGUUCCACAUCUCUGCUGAGGGACUCUGAGUGCUUGUGCAGAGCUACUUCUGGGCAGCUGGACUGGGCCAGUCAGGGGCAGAAACCAGGUGUGGGAGGUCAGGAGCUGUGUUCUUCACAAGACCAUAAAAGUCCAGCCUGAAUGUUCUAUUUUUAAAAACCCAAUAGCAACAUCUCCCUAGAGGACUGGAUUUCCUCCCAAUUGGUGGCAUAGUCUCUUCUGGGCAGAAAGGGACUGGCUUUGGGUAUGUGCUGAGAGUCCAGUGACAGCCUAGAAAACCUCCCAGUCAUUGAGUAGACUUUGGUUUGGAGCUUGCCAUGCCCACCCUACCCAGACUCAAUUCUUUGCUUCAUCUCACCAAGUCCCUCAGGGCUGACCAUAUAACACCACAUGGUAAAGAAGCCAAGGGCAAAAGGAGUUGGUAGAUGACAGAGGAAGAGCAAGUCAUAUCACUGUGGAUCCCCAGCUGGCUUUGAGAUCUUCCUGCCCCAGCAUCCCACGUGCAGGGAUUAUGGGAUCACUGGCCUGUGUUCCACCCUGUCUGGCUAGGACAAGUUUCUAAGGCUUCCUCUGGUUUUUUUUCCAGCAAAGAUGUUUACCUUAGUGGCCAGGAUGGUCACCUAGCAUAGUCCAGCCCUGGACUAUGCCAGAGGGGCUGGCAGGAGGGAGGGGGAGCAAAGGAAGGCCCAGGGCAUGACUGGGGCCGUGCCCUCCCUGACAAACACAAUGCUGCCCUUCAGAAAUGUCAUGUUAUGGACUGGGAUCCAUAAGUCAACCAAAACCCCCUUUGUUUCUGCUCCAGAGGGGAAAAACCCAAACAAAACCCACCUACUUACCAGGCAACCCAUGUUCACCAGCGCUAGGGGGCAUGGGACAAGGGCAGUUGGAAGUAAUAGAGGAGUUUUUCCCUAUAGCUGUUGUUCCCUAGAAACAAGGAUAUGUAGGACAUAAUCUGCAAAAUCUAAGGAACACAGGUAACAAGUGGCGCAAAGGUAGCCUGGCCCAGGACCUGUACCUGAGUGAACCCAGUCCACUGAGUUUCCUUCUACCUCCUCUGCCACCCCUGAGUACUCAAGGUUCAAGGUGAGGUGCAGGCAGGGGUGGUGAGGAAGAUUUGCCUGUUGCCUCCCUCCACCCAGUUAUAUGUGCUGCAGGAGAGCAGGGCUGGGGCUUAGUUGGGGCUGCAAAGGGGAAGAGCUGGCUGAGCAUAGCUAAGGAUUGUGGUGACCAUGGAGUUCACCAAACUGGAAAUAAAAGUGUGAUAGUUCAUUUGGACUGUCAGGGCUGGAGAGAUGGUUCAGCGGUUAAUAGCACUUGCUGUUCUUGCAGGUGACCUAGGUUCUGUUCCUAGGACCCAUAUCAGGAAGCUCCCAGCCAUCUCUAACUCAUUUCAGGGGAUUGGACACCCUUGUCUGGCCUCCUUAGCUGCCAAGCAUGCACAUGGUGCACAUACAUACAUGCAGGCAAAAUAAUCAUACACAUAAAAUAAAAAUUAAAUAAGUCUUUGACUGUCAACCUGAGUGGACCAAGAACCACCUAGGAGCUUAGUGAAGCAUAGCUCCAUGUUUGUCUGUGGGGACUUUUACCUAAAGAAUGGCUUUAUCUUACAUUAAUGAUUUUAAAAUAGACAACUGAGAAGUAGUGGAAUUGUGGAGGGUGGGGCCUAGUUAGAGGAAGUAGGUCACUGGGGAGUGUGCCCUUAGGGGCUGCAUCUUGUCCUGUUACUGCUGCACUCUGUCUCCUGUCUGCCACCAGGGAAAGAGCGUCCUCCUCCACAUGCUUCUGGUGCCAUGAUGUUCUGCCCAAACCUAUGAGGCCAAACAACCAUGGACUGAACCCACUGAAACUGUGGUUCCAAAUAAGUCUUUCCUCCUUUAAAUUGUUUCUAUCAGGAAUUUAGUCACAGCAAUGUCAAAGCUAACAUAGAGUAUAAGACAGAUGAUCAAGUUGUCUCCUAAAAGAAAGUCCCUACUUUCUCCUCAGAGGAGCCAGGCUAGGAUGAGUUAAGCAAUGCUGUCUUCUCCCUUUUGUGGGACAAGCCCCUAGAAACUUCUAUUCUAGAUGAAGGGUGGACAAACCAGGGCCAGUACCUAAAUCCAGCCCCUCUACCUGUUUCUGUAAAUAAAGUUUUGUUGUGACAGCCACA